AGGAGCAACUGACAGUUGAUGGCACAUGCAUGAAUGUCCUUGGACUCAUCAGAAGAGAAACUCAAGACAGGAUGGGCCCUUCAGACCCAGCUAAUGUCACCAGGGAUAUUCCCAGUGGGGAAGGAGAAUAUACCUCCUGGCACCAGAACAGCCUAGGCAACAAAAGCUUGAAUUCUCAUAAGCCUGUCUUUGUGGAUGACAUUACGAAGCACCUAAGUGUUCAGAUAGCCCUUAUAACUGCUUAUUCGCUUAUAAUCAUCCUGGGUCUAGUUGGUAAUACACUAGUUAUUUACAUGAUCAUUAUAUACAAAAACAUGCGUACCGUUACCAACUACUUCAUUGCCAAUCUUGCAUUAGCUGACCUUAUGGUAGACACCAUGUGCUUACCCUUCACCUUGGUAUACACUCUGCUGGAUGAGUGGAAGUUCGGGGCAGUUAUGUGUCACAUGGUGCCAUACGCCCAAGCUCUGAGUGUCCAUGUGUCUAUCCUGACACUCACCGUGAUCGCUCUGGAGCGCUAUAGGUGCAUUGUGUUUCAUAUGGGUCAGCGUCUCUCCAGGUGCACAAGUUUCAUUAUCAUCAGUCUAACUUGGGCAUUUGCAGCCAUUCUGGCUGGACCUUUAGCUAUUUUUCGGGAGUACCGCUAUGAAGAGAUUGCCUACAUUAAUUUACGGAUUGCUGUAUGCUCUGAGAAAUGGCCCCGUGGCACUAACCGAGAUGCCAUAAUCUACAGCUUCUCCAUGCUUGUACUGCAGUAUGUACUUCCACUGGGCAUUAUCAGCUAUGCUUAUGUGUGCAUCUGGGUCAAACUGAAGAACCAUGUCAGCCCAUCCAGCCGCAAUGAUGGCAUCACUCGUCGCAAGAAGACUACCAAAAUGCUGGCACUAGUGGUUGUGGUCUUUGCAGUGUGUUGGCUUCCUUUCCAUGUGUUCCAGUUGGCCAGUGAUCUUGACUUGGUCCUCGUGUUUAAAGAAUACAAGCUUCUUUAUACUCUGUUUCACAUAGUGGCCAUGUGCUCAACUUUCACUAAUCCUUUGCUCUAUGGAUGGAUGAACAAGAAUUACAGGAAUGGCUUCAUUAUGUUCUUCCGCUGUGAACACAAACCUGACACUAUCCAUCCUGAGGGUUCUUUCCGAACUAGAACCCUGCGAGGUUUGAUUUUCUACAAUGAUGGACAACCUGCCACUGCUGUCUGA